GGGUGGCCGCAGAGGUCUCCCCGCAGCCUGCAGCAAGGACGCCUCGGCCCCGCCCCGGCUCCACCCCUUCGCAGCCCCGCCAGGCUCUGCAAUCGCGCGUGGAGAUCAUCGCCCCAUCCAGGCAGAGGUGUUGAUCUCCGCUCCAAUUGGAGCCCAGAGCUGUACCAUGGCGGAGAAGACUCAAAAGAGUGUGAAGAUUGCUCCUGGAGCAGUCGUAUGUGUAGAAAGUGAGAUCAGAGGAGAUGUAACUAUAGGACCUAGGACAGUGAUCCACCCUAAAGCACGAAUUAUUGCAGAAGCUGGGCCAAUAGUGAUUGGCGAAGGUAACCUAAUAGAAGAACAGGCCCUGAUCAUAAAUUCUUACCCAGACAACAUCACCCCUGACACUGAAGAUCCAGAACCCAAACCCAUGAUCAUCGGCACCAAUAAUGUGUUUGAAGUUGGCUGUUAUUCCCAAGCCAUGAAAAUGGGAGAUAAUAAUGUCAUUGAGUCAAAAGCAUAUGUAGGCAGAAAUGUAAUACUGACCAGUGGUUGCAUCAUUGGGGCUUGUUGCAACCUGAACACUUUUGAAGUCAUCCCUGAGAAUACAGUUAUCUAUGGUGCAGACUGCCUUCGUCGGGUGCAGACUGAGCGGCCACAGCCCCAGACACUCCAGCUGGAUUUCUUGAUGAAAAUCUUGCCAAAUUACCACCAUCUAAAGAAGACUACGAAAGGAAGCUCAACUCCAGUUAAGAACUGAGGGCUGCAUGUGAUACU